GUGCUGCAUUUAGGGGGGCAGCUUUGAGUCACCAAUUCAAGGUUAAAGAAAUUAAGAUCAAAGAUAUUACGCCAUAUCCCAUCGAAGUCAGCUAUGUGUCGGAACCGAAAGAAUCAGAAGAUGGCAACAAACUUUAUAACAUUAUUCUUUUUAACGAGUAUUCAGCCGUGGAAUCUCGUAAAUUAAUGAGUUUCAAGCACACCAGUGAUUUUAAUUUCACAUUAAAAUACGGAAAUUUGAGUGAAAAUGUUGAGAAAAAUUUCGGUCCAAAAGACAUUAUUAUCUCCAAAAUUACGGGACUAGCAGAUGCCAUUAAACGAUUCGAGGACACAAGCUCAGAGAAGCCGAAGGUCAAAGUUACCUUACAAUUAUCCGAAUCCGGUUUUGUAACCUCUAAGGACGCCGUUUUGACUAUCGAGCAACAAACAUUCACAGAUAAGGUUAAGACAUUCUUUGGUGUCAAUGGCAACAAAUCAGAUGACUCAAUAAAAGAAGUACCGUUUCAAGAGGAGACGACGAGUUCAGUGAAUGCGUCGGACCCCAAUGAGCUUAAUAACACUCAAAUCAGUGAGACCGAGUCACAAAAACAAACGAAGAAAAUUGAAACCAUUACGUUAAAUCUCGAAAUCGAAAAUGCUGGUAUCAAGCCGCUUGGAACCGAAGAGAAAGAAAAUUCCAUCAGGAGGUUACGCGCCAUGGACGAUGCGGAUCGUCAACGCCGAGCUCGCGAAGAAGCCAGAAAUAGCCUCGAAUCGUUC